AUGGCAUCUAACGGCGCCGGUGUCCUUGCAGCUGAAGCACGUCCUUCCUCUCGCUCGACACCAUCAUCACCCCCUCCACCCGAUUCUGCGGUCGUCGCAGACUCAAUCGCGGACCCUGUCGCAAGGCCGCCCAAGCGACAGCGCGAAUCCGACACCCUUUCGCCGCGCUCGCCGACUGCGCAUAGCUCUGGCAUCUUUGCAUCGCCUGCCAAGUCUGCUCGCCUUGCCCUCGCAGCGGCCAGAGCCUCCCCGCCACCCCUAACGGGAGCCGCAGCACUCGAGGACGAGCGCCGACAGCGCAACGAGGAGCGCGCUGCUGCUCCUGGACCAACCAGCCCCAACCCGAGUCACGGCGCCCUCGAAUCGCUCAUGUCGGGCGCGACGCAAGCCAUAAGCCGCCCGGCGGACGCGCCACAAAUCGCGCCAACAGCCAACAUGGAGCCGGCCGUCAAAGCCGUCACAGCACUAUCAAUACCUACUGGAGAUGCCCACCGCCCCGAUGGCAAUGGCGAAACGAGCCCGCAGAGCGCGACUAGUCUGGGCGCUGUGCCUGUUACUGAGAGUCCCACGCCUAUGGAAGUCGACAGUCACAAGGGGGACCAGCUGUCGGAGCAGCAGGUGGCUGGGCAGGAUGAGCGGCCGCAGCAGCCGGGGUCCCUGUCAUAUCCAGGAUCAUUACAGGCAUCGGGUGCCGUGUCAGAGCAGGUUGCGCGGGGAAUGAGCUUUCCCAUGCCUUCGCAGGCGCAGGGCUCCCCGAAUUCCGGGACGGGCAAGAAGCACAGGUGCCCCUAUUGCAACACCGAGUUUACGCGCCACCACAACCUCAAAAGCCACUUGUUGACACACAGUCAGGAGAAGCCGUACGUCUGCACAGACUGUCAGAUGCGCUUCCGGCGACUCCAUGACCUCAAAAGGCAUGGGAAGCUGCACACGGGCGAGAAACCGCACGUGUGCCCCAAGUGCGACCGCAAGUUCGCCAGAGGAGAUGCCCUGGCGCGACACAGCAAGGGCGCUGGCGGUUGUGCGGGAAGGCGAGCUAGCAUGGGCAGCUUUGCCGACGGCGACGAGCUGGACGGGGGCAUGGGCGAAGGUGACGAGUCUGCGCUGUCAAGUAUGGCUUACGACAACGUAGACGACGAAGAGUUGCGGAGACAGAGCCUGCCCAGUAUGGGAACUCAGCCUUCUGGAUCCGGCGAUGGAUACGGCGCGCACGCACGCACGUAUCCGCCUGCCGGACCGCGGCCACAAGCACCUGGCGGUUUAUAUCCUCCUAACCUGGGGUUGAGCCAGGCGACAGGCACGGCGACCAACAGCACCUCGAGCAUCCCAAAUAGCAUGGCAAGCAGUCAUACCGCCAACACGAGCGUCUCAUCCGUCCCCGUGGCGGCGGGAAACUCAGGACACGAAGCGUCCAGCAUCGGACGGCAACGCUCUCCGAGCCUUACGCAGCAGUUUCAGCAGCAACAGCAACAGCAACAACAACAGGGAGCGGGAAGGCGGGCGUCAGAGCUCCAAUCUCCGCACAGCGGGCAACCUCGGCCUAAGCUCCCGGGGCUGUCGCACCCGGGGUUUUCGGCGCCGAAUACGGCGGGUUAUGCUCAUGGACGGGCACCAGGCGGGGCGCAAGCCGGCGGCGAUAGCGGCAACAUGUUUGCGCAGAGCGACCCGAGCGUCUGGGCAUACAUCCAGACGAUGGAAGAGAAGUUCAAGUCGCUGACAGACAAGGUCUUGUCGCUCGAGGAAGAGGUGGCGGGGUUGAAGAAGCAGCUUGGGACGCCUGAGGACGGUGCGACCGGGGCGACCACGUCGUGA